AUGGAUGGACCGCGCGAACCUUCAGCUUUUAAACAAAGUGAUGGUAAUGAGAUGGAAUAUAAGGGAAUUCAGUAUGAUAAGUUGUCUACAGAAGACAUUAAAGGGCAGAAAUUUAAGACUAUGGAGGAAGCCGAGUCUUUUUACUACGCUUAUGCAAAGGUCAUGGGUUUUGGUGUUAGACAGAACUACAAGAGACUUAGUACAAUCACACCAGGGAAAAUCACUUCGUUGAGGUUGGUUUGUUCUGCUCAGGGACAAAGAGAUGUCGAGCGCAUGACAAACAAGAAAAGGGUUCACAGGCAAAAGAAAGAGACAAGAUUCAAUUGUCCAUGCUUGUUCAAAGUGAGGUACUUCAACAAUAUUGAUGCAUAUGUUGUUGUUGGUUUCAUAACCCACCACACACAUCCUCUUGCACAAGCACACGAGAGGUGUCUUCUUACACCACACAUAUCAGUUCAAGAUUCACAUGUAGCCCUUGCCACAUCCAUGCAAAGAGUGUCUGUUAAGCCUUGUCAUACAUAUGAGUACAUUGUUAAUAGAUCAAGGGGUUUCCAGCAAGUUGGGUUUACCAUUAAGGACCUGUACAACAAGUUGGACUCGAAACGCCGAGAAAUUUUACUAGAAAGUGAUGCAGAAGCUGCGCUUGCAUAUAUGAGAGGUAAAGUUGCUACUGACUCACAUUUCUACUGCAAGUUUAGUAUAGAUGAGGAUAACAGAUUGGCGAAUAUGUUUUGGAGAGACUCUAAUUGCUUGCAUGAUUAUACUAGUUUUGGAGAUGUAUUGGUUUUUGAUAGUACUUACAAAACCAAUCCCUAUGGGAAACCAUUAGUGUUGUUUGUUGGUUCAAACAAUCAUUUAUCGACCACAGUUUUUGGUUUUGGGUUACUAAUAGAUGAAACGAUUGAGAGUUACAUUUGGCUUUUAGAAACCUUCAUAUUGUCCAUGAAUAACCAAAAACCGAUUGCUAUCUUGACUGAUGGGGAUCAAGCAAUGCGAAGGGCUAUUGAAGCAGUACUUCUUGGUUGUCCUCAUCGUUUGUGUACAUGGCAUGUAUCAAAGAAUGCCCGGAACCACUUGCGCAAUAACCAAGCAUUGUCUGAAUUUCGUCGUUGUAUGUGGGAAGAAGUAACUCCAUAUGGUUUUGAAAGACGUUGGACGGCCAUGGUUAACAGACAUAUGCUCCACAACAAAGAUUGGGUUAAUAUGAUGUAUGAAAAGCGGCACUUAUGGGCCGAGGCAUUUGUUAGUGGGCAUUUUUUUGCGCGUAUGCGAAGCACUCAGAGAUGUGAGGUGUUUCCAGGUACUAUUAAUGUGGAACUCUUGGUUGUGAGUCCGCCUUGUUCUACCACGUACAAGACCGGCGUCAAAUGGCAUGAGCUUCGGAAGUUCGACCUCGCUUCGUCGUGCUUCGAGAGAGCCACCGAUCUGCUCUCGAAGAUCGGAAUCGACACAAUCUCCGAUGUCGGCGAGAAGAAGUUGUUUUUGGAUUUGAACAUCGCGAGGUCAAAAACCGCCCGGAAGGUAUCGGACCGGAAUCUCGCAGUGGCGCUGUUGAACCGGGCCAAGAGCUUGCUGUUCGGGUCACCGGAGCACUACAAAACCCUAGCCAAUCAAUACUCGGUGUUCAGAAAGAGUAGAGACGGCCGGGACGGCUGGAGCAGAGACGGCGAAAGGAGUGUUUUUAGGGCAACGGUGCCACGUCAGCGCCAGCGUGGCGGUAAGGGUUUCUCACAGGGUUCUUGGGGAGAGUUGCAGUGA